UUCAUGAUGUUGGUUGGGGUUCUGCUGCUCCUCAAAAAACUCAACAAAAAACUCCUCAACAAACUCCUCAACAAAUUCCCCAGUCUCCACAAAAUACUCCCGCACAAAAUAAUGGUUGGGCUGUCAUCCCUCCACCAGUUCAUGAUGUUGGUUGGGGUUCUGCUGCUCCUCAACAAACUCCUCAACAAAUUCCUCAACAAAUUUCCCCGUCUCCCCAAAAAACUCCCGCACAAAAUAAUGGUUGGGCUGUCAUCCCUCCACCAGUUCACGAUGUUGGUUGGAGUGCUGCUACUCCUCAAAAAGCACCUGUUAAACCGCUACAAGAAGCUCCAAAAUCAAAUGAAAAAUGGGGUGCGACGAACAAAGGGAAUGCUACAGCCAAUCAGCCUGAACAGCAAAAUGUAGUUGAUUCAUGGGGUGGAAAUCCUUCUAAACCCUCAGACUCGUCGAAUGACUGGACCAAACAGGCGGCUUUAUUUGCCAAGGAGUUAGGAGUAAGCAAUGAAAUAAAAGAAACACCAUGGGGGAAAUCGAAUAAUGAUAAAGUGGAAGAUUCGUAUGGUGGGUCGUAUGGUGAUUCAUAUGGUGGGAGCGCAAAUAAUUCUUAUGAUAAUAAUCGUCAUGGAAGCCGUGAAUGUCGAAACUGCGGACAAGAAGGUCAUUUUGCUCGUGAAUGUCGUGAGAAGAAACAAGGUUACGGUGGUGGUAGCGGUUACGGUGGCGCAAGAACAUGUCACAAAUGCGGUAAAGAAGGACACAUCUCCAGAGAUUGUACCGAAAGCGACGGGUACGGCGGUGGAUAUGGUGGUGCAAAAACGUGCCACAAAUGCGGCAAGGAAGGCCACAUCUCCAGAGAUUGUACCGAAGGCGGCGGAUAUGGUGGUGGAUAUGGUGGUGCAAAAACGUGUCAUAAAUGCGGCAAGGAAGGACACAUCUCCAGAGAUUGUACCGAAGGCGGUGGAUACGGUGGUGGAUACGCUGGUGCAAAAACGUGUCACAAAUGCGGUAAGGAAGGACACAUCUCCAGAGAUUGUACCGAAGGCGGCGGCGGGUACGGUGGUGGAUACGCUGGUGCAAAAACGUGUCACAAAUGCGGCAAAGAAGGACACAUCUCCAGAGAUUGUACCGAAGAAAGUAGUAGAGGUGCAUAUGGCGGAGGAUAUGGCGGAAGUUAUAACAACGGCGGUAGUGUUUGCUAUAAGUGUAAUAAACCAGGUCAUCGUCCACAAGAUUGUAAAGAGGAUGCGCAUGAAACCACAGAGGAUGAUGGUGGUUAUGGUGGUUAUGGCGGUUACGGUGGUAAAGGUGGAAGCAUCACUUGUUACAAAUGCAAACAACCUGGACAUCGUUCUUCUGAAUGUACCGAAGAAGGUGGAUUCAGCGGUGCUCCAUCACGACCUCGUCCGACAACUCAUAGUCCAUUUUCUAAUUCUAAACAUCCCGAUAUUUCAUCUGAAGAGGCAUGGCAAAGAUUACUUGAAGCUGAUAAAUCAAAAGAUGCCGAUGAUUUCAAAGAAGCGUUUGAAAUAUACGCAAAGACGGCUCCAGAGGAUACGUUCCAGUCGAUUGAAAAGAAACUAAGAGGUUCAAAAUGUAAUGGCAGAAUUGUUGCAUUGGAACGCGCGGAAAUACCAUUUACUCAGGUUUUAGUAGAUCUUCAGGGAAAUAUCAAAGAAAAGUAUGUCGCUAGGAUAAUAAUGGGCCAUCCGUCCCGUCUCGCUCGUACAGCCGGGAAUCGCGCUCAAAAUGAGGACGAGAAUUUUCGAUGGUUAGCUGAUUCAGGUUUUAUAGUGGAUGAUCGGGUUUCGCCACUCUGCUUCAAUUGCAAACAAAAAGGCCAUAGUUCAAGGGAAUGUCCAGAACCUAGGAAAGAGAUCGAAAAACAUACAUACUUAACAUGUCAAAAUUGCAAAUCAUCCGAACAUAUUACAAAUUUCAAAUGCGGUUCAACUGAGCACAUUUCUCGCGAUUGUGAAGAAAAAGGUAACGAUGGUGAAGAUGAUCAAAAAAAUUUUCGAAAUAACCAAACCUGCCAUAAUUGUAAUCGUGAAGGGCAUAUAUCGCGCGACUGUCCAGAACCAAAACGAGGCGGACGGAAAUGUUAUAAAUGUAACGAAGAAGGUCACAUGUCAAAAGAUUGUACUGCUGAUAGCAAUAGUGGUGGAGAUUACGAUAGAGGAAAUUACAACAACAGCGGUGGAUGGGCAAAUGAGACUUCAUGGAAUAAGCCAGCUUGGAACACGCAACAAGAACAAGUUGGCGAUACUUAUUCUCAAGAAAACACAAGGAACAGAGGAGGAAACAGAGAAUCGUCUUGGUCCAAGGGUAGAGAUAAUCCUCGUGAACGGGAUGAUUAUUAUGAUCGGGGUAAUGAACGCAAUGUAACAUCCACUUCUUGGGGUAUUCGAGAUAAACCUGGAAAACCCAAAAACGUUGAUGAGUUCGGAUGGAAGAAUAUGAAUACUAAUGAUAACAUUCAAGUGGCACAUGGUGAAUAUGAAAAUUCGCGAGGUCGUAAUAACGAGCCAAGAAAUGGUGAUUAUGAAAGUUCGCGAGGUCGUAACAACGAGCCAAGAGAUAAGUGGAGAAAUGAAAGUUAUAAUAAGAGUUCUGGUGAUGAUGACUGGGCAAGAAACCAAGAAUCACCUACACAAUCGACAAGAUCAAACGUGCGAAGAUCUGAUGCUCAAACAUCUAAUUUAGAUAGCAAGCCUUGGUGGUAA